AUUCAUAUUUGAUUUGGAAUGAGUGGGUCAUCACCCGACAGUAGCAGUGGGGAUGAAAAAUCGCCCCUUCAUCUCAACGACGAUGAUAUCAGAGAGGAAUCGGAGGUCAAUGAUGAUGGGAAUACAAAUGGAAAUAGUAGGAGAGUCAGGCGUCCUGUACAGUACUACUCCAUCAACACACCCAACCAUGAUGCCAGUACCGUGGCUGUGGUCAGUCGCUACAAGUACUAUUCCAGGUUGUUUCCAUACAGAAACAGCAACUUUCAAAUGCCUGACCAUGUGGUGCCACCAAAUUUCUUCAGUGUGAUCUAUGUGACUGUUCGAGGUGAACAAAACAGCAUCAUCACCAUAUUUUCACUUUGGAAUACCAUGAUGGGGACAUCAAUCUUAAGUAUGCCUUGGGCAAUAAGACAGGCCGGGUUUGUGACUGGCAUUAUACUGCUGGUAUUGAUGGCAGGCCUCAUGUUAUACACCAGCUACCGUAUACUGACAGCAGUACAGGGCAUGUCAUCGGAUUCCACAAGUGAGGCUUUAGACUUUUCUGAUGUAUGUCAACAUUAUCUGGGUCGUUGGGCCCAGAUUCUGGCAGUAGUCUCAUCCCUUCUGACACUUUUGGGCGGGGCCAUUGUCUACUGGAUACUCAUGUCAAAUUUUCUCUACAAUAUUGUCACCUUUAUCUACCACAAAGCUUCAGAUUCUGAUGCUGUUAAUUCCACACAAAAUUCUAAAGAUUACAUUUGUCCUCACCCACCUGCUGGGCAAAAUGGUUCUGUGUACUUAACUCAUAAUGCCAGCAUGAACUCACUUCCACACCUGAUGUGGAUGGGGUCAGCUAGCCACACCCAUGAUGCCACCCUUGACCGUGUUUGGCAGGAGGACCACACUGUGCCAUUGUUCCUCGUCGCUGUACUUCUCCCCCUUAUCAACUUUAAGUCGCCUACUUUCUUCACAAAAUUUAAUUCUUUAGGUACUAUUUCUGUGACCUACCUUGUGAUAUUUGUGGCUUACAACGCUUCACAAUGGGGGUUUCAUCUUGACCUUAGCAUUCCUGCUAGCAGCAGCCAACAUAUACCAAUGUUCAAGGGCACAUUUGCAGCCCUGACUGGAGUUGCAGCCCUAGCCUACUUUGUUCAGAAUUGUGUGAUAUCCAUUGUUAGAAACCAAAAACAUCCAGAAAAUAAUGUGCGUGACUUGGUGAUAGCCUAUGUAUUGGUAGCUCUCACCUAUACUUACAUGGGAGUGAUGUUCUACUCCUCAUUUCCAAUGUCUAAAGACUGCAUAGAAGAUAAUCUUUUAAAUAACAUGGCAGACACAUAUGUGUUGGCAUUUGUGGCACGGAUUGGACUGUUUUUCCAGAUGAUGUGUGUAUUUCCACUCUUGCUGUAUAUAUUCCGGGUCCAGUUUCUACACACUGUGUUUGGAUCUGUAUGGCCGAGUUUCAAGCAUGUGUUGGGACUGAAUAUCUGCAUAGUGGCUGUGUGUGUUGUGUUUGCUGUGUUUCUGCCUCAUAUUGGAUCUAUCAUCGGAUUUGUGGGAGCAUUUUGUGGACUGUCCUACGCAAUUGCCCUGCCAUGUCUUGUGUAUAUGGUGAUACGUCACCAGCAGAACACACUGACUGUUCCAACGAUAACCUUCCACUCUUUCCUUAUACUCAUAGGGCUGGCCAACUUUGUGGGACAAUUUGUCAUUCUUGGAAAGACAAGCUGAUUCUCAUAUGGAAACCUUUUAGUUGCACUUGCUUCUGUAAUCCUUGUAGGACAGUAUAAUUAUUUGUACUAUUUAUAGCUACUCGUUUAGGUAUAAUUUUCUAAAAGUUCCAAUCAGCCGACAUUUAACUUUUUUUCAACAAUAAACCUAUGUCUGGCUAUCUAGGGACUCUACAAAUGCACUCGUCUGCUUGUCAUGACCAAUCUAUUUUGCUAUCAGAUGGUACUUUUAUUGGCAAAUAAUCAGUGAUAUGAGUAUAUUUUGUGCUAUAAUACCACAUAAUGGGCAUUCAUUUAGCAAGUCGAAUUGUAAAAAGAUUGAACUAUUUCAUCCUUUUGACAUUUGGUUUGCAAUCAGCAAGUAUUUUGUUUGACUUAGAUGUACAAUUAUGAUAAUACUUGACUGUUCUCUGGUGAUAUUAAAACAUGAGGUAAAGAUCUCAGGUUAUCAGAACAAAAAGAUUGAACAAGAAUUUAAUGUGCAGUUUAUAAAGAUGCCAUUUGAGUCAGAAGAAAUGUGUUGUCCUCCUAUGCUUAUAGUCCUGUAAUAAAUCCAACCCUGACAUUGAGUCAGAGGAUGUGUUACCCCCCAUUUCUCAUUGGCUUGGGAUAAGUAUGGCAAGUUUUGAAUUGAUAUUUGUCUCUAACAUUUACGCUUGCUAAACACUGAAUGUAACCUUUGUAUAUAACACAGAUUCAACUUACUGGUACUUAUUACAAUACAUUUCCAUACCAGAACAGAUUCCUGUUUCUUAAAGGAAACUUUGGAUUUGAAUUUAGUUUGUAUUUUACAUGAAAAAUGUCACAGUUUACAAAAUUGUAAAUUAU